AUGGGAUUCAUGCAGAGAGGCGCGAGUGGAAUACUUGUAACGAGCCGGAGAGGAGACUGUGGCACUUACUUUCGGAAUGGAAUGGCAGCAGUCUUCUUAGUCCCAAUCCCUGCGCAUUCAAGAACAAGCCCAUCUAGGAAUAUCGAAUCCCUUGGGUACGAACUAGCAUUCGAUUCUGUUAAAAAAUUCAAGAAUUUGAGUGUUGUAAUAAUACUGCUUUUCUGUGUUCAAAGUUCUCAUGAAGUUGAAGAUGGAAUCAGCAGAUCUCAAUUUCCACAAGGCUUCCUCUUUGGAACAAGCACUUCCUCGUACCAGAUUGAAGGAGCAGCUUUUGAAGAUGGCAAGGGUUUAAGUAACUGGGAUGUUUUUAGUCAUACACCAGGAAAUAUUGAAAAUGAUGAGAAUGGUGAUAUUGUAGAUGAUCAUUACCAUCGCUAUUUGGAAGACAUAGAGUUGAUGUCAUCUCUUGGGGUAAAUGUAUAUCGAUUUUCUAUUUCUUGGACAAGGAUUCUACCUAGAGGCAUAUAUGGGGACAUUAAUCCAAGUGGGAUAAAGUUCUACAACAAGAUUAUAGACAAUCUGCUGCUUAGAGGGAUUGAGCCAUUUGUGACAAUUCAUCAUCAUGACUUGCCACAAGAACUAGAAGAAAGAUAUGAUGGUUGGAUUAGUCCCUUAAUACAGAGAGAUUUUGUUCAUUUUGCUGAAAUUUGUUUUAAGAGUUUUGGAGACAGGGUUAAGUACUGGACUACCAUCAAUGAGCCAAGUCUGGUUGCAAAGUUUGCCUAUAUGAAAGGAAUAUAUCCCCCUGGUCACUGUUCCCCACCUUUUGGAAAUUGUUAUACUGGUAACUCGGAUGUUGAAUCUCUAAUUGUCGUGCACAAUAUGUUACUGUCACAUGCCAAGGCUGUUGACUUAUACCGCAAGCACUUUCAGGCAAAGCAAGGUGGAACCAUUGGCAUUGUGGCACAAUCCCUCAUGUAUGAACCACUUAGAGAUGAAGAAUGUGAUAGACAAGCUGCGAGUAGGGGCUUGGCUUUUAUUGUAGCCUGGGUCUUAGAUCCCCUGGUUUUUGGUGAGUAUCCAUCUGAGAUGCUCUCUAUCCUUGGGAGUCAGUUACCAGUGUUCUCUCUUGAGGAGAAGAGUCUCAUAAAAGGAAGCCUAGACUUCAUUGGCAUCAAUCACUAUGGAACUGUCUAUGCCAAGGACUGUUCCCUCUCUUCUUGUCCUCUUGGAGUAGAUCAUCCACUAAGUGGUUUUCUAGAAACAACUGGAACAAGAGAUGGCAUUCCGAUUGGUGAUCUGACAGGAAUGUCAGGGUUCUUUGUGGUUCCAAGGGGCAUGGAGAAGCUUGUAGAAUACAUUAAGAUAAGAUACCAUAAUAAUAUACCCAUGUAUAUUACAGAAAAUGGAUAUUCAUCACCACCCAAACCUGAUGAGACAAUGGAUGAUCUACUACAAGAUUUCAAACGAAUAGAUUAUCAUAAAGCCUACCUUGCAGCUCUGCUAAGAGCCAUAAGAAAAGGUGCGGAUGUUAGAGGAUAUAUGAUAUGGUCAUUGAUGGACAACUUUGAAUGGGCAAGUGGCUAUGACAUAAGAUUUGGGCUCUAUUAUGUGGACAGACACACUCUUGAACGAAUUCCAAAACUUUCUGUUCAAUGGUUUUCUAGUUUCCUCAACAACACUGGUCACACCAACAAAAAAGAAGACUUAAGGGAGCCAUAUGUUAGAAGUAAAAUUGUGAUACAGAAUGCUGGUUUUAAUGCUAUAUGAACUAGAUGAAAUGUACGGGUACUAGUGUGUGAGCCAACGGCUAAAUUAAGAAACUUUGUAGUAUCUUUGGUUGAGAAUAUGAACCCGCAACCAAAGUCUAAGGUCUCAAAUUCACCAACUUAAACGAACCUGUUGGGAUAAA